UUUUUCCAUCUCUCGCCGCCACAUUCAUCGUUGUUCUUGGGAAGGUUUUUGGAUUCCGAAUACUGCUUCUUCAAUUUGAUUCCCGCGAAGAUUUUCAUAGUGUUCUUUGGAGGAACUCGGGCGUUGAUAAUUAUUCCGAAGAUUGAUUGGAUUGGACCCAAUUUUGUUCGAUUGAACGAACCCUAGGUGUCUCAGGGUUAAAAUAACUUGAUUAUGAAGUGUUGUUGAAUAUGAGCGAUGGAAGUGGGAAGAGCAGUGCAAAGAUCUUGAAUGGGAAAGGAAACUCCGAAUCAAAGAGGGAACAAAGAAACGAAUACCCUCAGGCUAUUGCCAAAGUGGCUGUGGCUCAGGUUUGUAAGAGCUUAGGGUUUCAGGUCGUCCAGCAAACUGCAUUGGAAACGCUGGCGGAAAUUGGAACUCGGUACAUUACAGAAGUCGGGAAAGUAGCUCAAUCUUCUGCCAAUUUGGCUAACAGGAGUGAGUGCAAUGUGUUUGAUGUGAUUCAGGGGUUGGAGGAUUUGGGAUCUAUACAAGGUUUUCCGGGUAGUUCGGAUGUUAGCCAUUCCCUUUCGCUGUCGGGAGUGAUUGGGGACAUGAUUCGGUAUGUCUUCAAAGCAGAGCAAAUUCCGUUUGCGCACUCAGUGCCAUCUUUUACAUCUUUUCUGGUUGUUAAGAAGAGGAAAAUCGGCACAACUUUUGCACGAGUAGAGGAAAUUCGGUACGAUAAACAUAUACCUCAUUGGAUGCCCAAGUUUUCUGAUUGCAAGGCCUUUUUAAGUCCCGGAAAAGGGAAUGCCUCGGAUGUAGACAUGGUUAGCAAAAUUGACCUGUCGAAUGGCCAUCGUAAAAAUCAGAAGAACUUUAACGGAUCUAAAGAAGGCAGUGUGGAAGAUUGGGGCUCGAGCAAUCCCUUUCUUGCUAAGCCACUUCCGUUUGGAGUAAUGGAGGUUUCUUUGCCUGUUGUCCCGAGUAAGCUUGUGGAUGAGGAUACGGAAUACCAUCGAAGUUGUGAAGUUACAGAGAAUCUUGUUUUACAAUCGGAGCCGUCUGCCAAUGGAAGUGAUAAGGGUAAUGUUAUAUUGAAUGGAAGGCCUGGUGUACAUUUUAAGUUUAGGGAACCUAAAAAACUUGCCGGCAUUGAGAAAAUUUCUCUCUGGUUUGGCGACUAUGAAGAUGGAAUUGAUUAGAGGAGGAUGAAACCGAGAGGGUUCUUUUGUGAAAUACAAGGAGUCUAGCGAAAGCAUGUCCUCGUCGGGUUAGAUGUUUUAAUUAUCUAAGUGAAUUUUUGUUCGAUGUUUGUUCUUAUUUGAGGGUAGAAUCUCUCUGUGUUCUUAUUUUUGAUAAGCUCUUUAGGCAGGUAGUUUUUGGUUUAUUUAUCAAAGUUUUGUUAUCGAUAUAUAUAUAUAUUUCAUGAAUGGAAUCAAAAUCUCUGUUCUUGGUA